AUGCCGGCCUAUGGGGAUUGGAUGUAUGCGUCAAAAUGGAGUAAGUCUAGGGCACCUUCUGUCAAAACAUCAGGAAGCAAAAUUACCAUUAACAUGCAAUCGAAUGGGUCCUGCUUUUCCAUGUUAAGUGAGAUAAAGAAGGAGGUGCAGGAAUCUCCAGCCAAACCUCAAAAGGAACAAGGGUCAGGGGUGCCAGAGAAAAAUCGGCGGAAAGAUUUGGUCUCAUCAGGAUUAAAUCAUGGACAAAAGAGAGGGAGACAUAAGGACCGGUCAAAACCAGGAGCUGCUUGGAGGGAGAUUAUUACUAUGGGCUUGGAGAAUGGGCCUAAAGAAAAAAAGCCCAAGCCGACGCUGCUGCCCCUGUCAAUAUGUGAUGAACUGGAGAAGUUAAGCCAGAAGUUCCUGUGGAGUGGAGGGAAGGACACCAGGAAAAUUAGCAUAGUUCCAUGGGAGAAGGUUUGCCAAGAUAAGAUACGGGGUGGGCUAGGUUUGAAGAAACAGAGAGAGAUGAACAAAAUUUUUAUAAUGAAGUUGGACUUGCAACUAAUUAAAGGGUCAAAUGCCUUGUGGGUCAACAUGAUCAGAGCCAAAUAUGGGAUCAAAUUAGAUGAUGGGCUGGAGUUGAAGGGGAAAUCCAAAGAGUCUGAUUGCUUCAAGGCCAUAACCAAAGUUUGGGACCAAGUAAAGGCUGGUGUGAGGUGGGCCUUAAAUAAUGGCUCAAUUAUAAGAGUUUGGAUAGAUGAAUGGGUCAUAGGUCUGCCCGCUUUGCAUACAAUUGCUCUCGCCCCCAUCUCUGAUGAGCAAAAACGGGUAGCGGUCAAAGAUUUUGCAAAUGAUAGGGGCUGGCGGUGGGAUUUGUUUGCGGCGGCUCUCCCGGCACCGGCCAUGAUCAGAAUAGCAGCAACCAUGUCGUCAAGCCCGUCAAUCAGGGAAGACGUCAUGUUCUGGGGCCAUGAAUCCAAGGAAACCUUUACAGUACGUGAGGUGAAGGAUGAUUUGGUCAAAGGGGUGAAGGUUAAUAACUCUCCACCAGUCAAGGAAAUCCGGUUCUUAUUUUGGAAGCCACCAAGACAAGGGACAAUGAAGCUUAAUUCGGACGGAGCGGUGAAUGGCCAAACUGGAGGGACAUCAGCGAGGAGCCUGUUCAGAUAUCACCUUCGGGGAAUGGAGGGGAGGAUUCUUGAUGAAUAUUGGCUACUGUUCUAUAACGGGAGCAGAGUUGUGGGGAUUAUACUAAGGAUUACUACUGGCUUGGGAUCUGGAAUGCCGUGA